UUCAAUCUCCUCGUGGCACUUCUCGUCCACUCACUCAAGCUUUCCCAAUGGCUCUCACCAUGAGGUACAGUGGUGGAGGAGGCAGAAUCCUUUACAUCACCCGCUCUAUAAAUCCUGUCAGUCGCCAUGUCAUCGUCUUCCCCAGCUCGACGUCGCCUACUCAAGCUUGCGCAUCUACUCGCCUUGUAGUCUCGGCUGCCAAGAAGUUUUCUUCCCGAACCGGACGCUUCGACCGCAAGAACCGGAAGGGUGGCGGCUCGAUCACCACGGAAGAGGAGCAAGAAAAGAAGAGUGAACGGAGGGUUGAGAUUGAAGAUGAUGAGAGCGUUGGUGACAUUAGAAAAAUUGAAAACGUUGGUGUAAGUGUCGAUGAUGGGCUCGUUUUGCCGUACCUUCCCGGUGAAAAACCCGACUUCUGGGAGGGUCCCCAGUGGGACGGGCUUGGCUUCUUUAUGCAAUACAUGUGGGCUUUUGGCAUCGGCUUUGCGCUAAUUGCAUGUGGUAUUGCUGUGGUUACAUACAAUGAAGGAGCAAAAGAUUUUAAGGAGACACCUGCAUACAAAGAGUCGGUCCAAUCUCGAGAGCUAUUAGAAGGACCAGAGGCAUCUGAUUCAGAUGUCUUUGAGUCCAACCCAACAGAGGUAGCACCUAGUUUGGAUUAGUCACCCUUUCAGAUGAACGCAAAAGAAAUUAUAUUCCAGAUACGGUGUAGUUGUAGCCGAAAAAAAAAUCCCAAUUGAAGGCAUUGCCCUCAAUUUAAAUGGUAAUGUUUGUAAUUUAUCUUCUGAAAUGUAUCUUAACAUUUUGUCACAUGUCAAUACAAAAAGAUGUGCUAUUGUGCGUUUUAUUA